UCCAGCUCUCCUCUCGGCGCUCCAAUAAAGCGCUUUUGUCCACGGAGUCCACACUAGUGCGCAUUCCGUGACUUGGAGGCUGAUGUACCUCACCGAGGAUCGCUCCUAAUAACUUUCAUUCGUGCGCCAAACCUUCUGUAUUUUGGUUCCUGAGAUUCCAAACACGGAACCCUACCGGGUGUGGAGUAAACAGCGUGAGGCGAUCUUCUUGGAUAACGACGCAGACUGCGCUCCAAACUUUUAGAGUCACAGUGACGGGUAAAAGUACCCGGAGAGAGGAAAGAAGAGCAGGCAGCAUCCUGUGUGGGCUGGGGAUGGAGAGAGAAAGUCUCAACACUAUGAAGGUCUUUCUUAGUCCACUGAUGCCCUUCCUGCUCCUCCUCCUCCUUCCUGAUGGCAUUUUCUCCAGCGAUUGCCCAAAAGACUGCACCUGCAACCCUUCCACUUCCAUCUUUUGUUACCAGAGAAACUCUCCUACCUUGCCUAGUGGAUUGGACACAUCUACGAGAAACCUCUACCUGUUUUCCAACGGGAUUGAAGGCAUCAAAAGUGAGGACUUUGAUGGCCUAGUGAACCUGGAAAUGCUGGACCUCAGUCAGAACAAACUGACACAUCUUCCUGACAGGGUGUUUGAAACUUUGACUUCUUUGAAAAACUUGGACUUGUCAUCCAACCAGAUCACCCAGAUUUCAGAGAAAAGCUUCCAUGGUGUGACACAGCUUCAGCGCCUUUACCUACAGAGUAACAGCAUCAAGGCCAUCCAUCCUGCAACCUUUACCGGCUUAGAGAACCUGCUGGAACUCAAACUGCAGGGUAAUAUGCUAACUUCCCUGCCUACCCUCUCAAUGCCUCAACUACUGCUGCUGGACCUUCGCUUUAAUACUUUUCCCCUUUUAGGCCCAACAGACCUCCAGACCCCAAACCUGGAAGCACUCCUAUUGGCUGGAGUUGGGCUCACCGGUCUGAAUAUGGAGCUUAUGCUAAGUCUAAAAAAUCUUCAUUAUUUGGAUAUUUCAGGAAAUGAGCUUAAGUCUUUCCCUGUGGCACUUAAAGAGACCCCAAGGCUGCUGCAUCUUAACCUGGCUGGGAACCCAAUGCGUACUCUAAAGCCCGAAGACCUCCAAAACCUUAAUGAGCUGAUCGAAUUGGACAUUAGCAGUCUCAGUCUGCACAGCCUUCCUGAAGAGUUACCCCAGCUCCUCCCCAACUUAAAAAAACUCACAGUUGCAGAAAAUCCCUUCAACUGCCUUUGUAACUUAGCAUGGUUGCCGGGAUGGCUCAGUACACAAGGUAUCACCCUGGUUAGGACAGAGGAGACACGCUGCCAUUUUCCACCCAUCAGUGCUGGAAAGGUGCUGCCAAGGCUGGAGCACAGAGACUUUGGAUGUCCAACCACCACAACGAUCACCACCAGCACUACCAAGAUUACCACUACAACCCUGCCUGUUGCCAUCACUACCAUGCCAACUACCACUACAGCGAUUCAAGUUCCCAUUGAUAGUGAUGAACUCCCCCUUCCCCCUCUUCCUGCAACCCCCAGUAGUAGCAGCACCGACCCAGAGAAGGAACUGCCUUUCUGUCCCCCGGAUAGCUGUCUAAACGGUGGUACUUGUCAUCUGGAUCAGCAAGGUUAUAUAACGUGUGCCUGUCCAUAUGACAUCACUGGCUUGACUUGUGAAAUUCAACCCAAAUCUAAAUCUUCACUACCUGAACCUGAAUCAUCCAGGGCAACUAGCAUCGCAGACGCACCCGAACUCAGCUCCAGUCAAGCAACCCCAACUUCUAUUCUGCUAGACCUUCACCUCUACAUUGAAAAGCGGCCUUACAUUCGUGGAAUCCGUCUGACUUACAGCAACCUGUCAGGACCUGAUCGCAGGCCAAAUCAACUCAACCUGCCAGCAUCCUUCCCAGAGUACAGACUAAGAGGUCUGAACCCUAACUCAACCUAUUCCAUAUGUGCCAGUCCUUUAGGAGAUUCUACUGGCUCCGAGAGCAUCUGCAUUGAGGCCCAUACAAGCCCUCAGCAUCCAGCAAGGAAGCCACAAGUUGACAGCCCAAGAUUUACGAUGCUGGUACCAGCAGCUGCUAUUGUUCUAGCACUGGUACUGAUAGCAGUAGUUGUGGGAGUAAUUUGCUAUCGUCGCAGGAAGAAGGCCAAGGGCAACUUGGACCUCGACUGUGAGCCCUCUCAACUAGAACAGGAUGGAGUUAAAAGUGGCUUAGACAAUGGGGCGUUGCCUCACAAACAGCUCCAGUUGGUGAUGCCGGAACCUGCUGUCCAAAACGGCAGUCUGGAAUACGAGGUGUUGCUACUAUAAGAUCACUGUACGUCCAAUAACAAUAUGUCUUUGCACAAGCCUUUUAGCUUUUGACAGAUGAAUUUAUUGACUCAGAUCUAAAGGAGGAGUUUUAAAUCUUCUGUUCUGUAUCCCCAUGUGGAUGGAGUACAAAGACUCGCACUUACAAGUGGAGGAUCGUGAGUCAACCAGCCAAUCAGUAGAGGAGCAGCUGAACUUACAUUUAAAUCACUGCAAUAUGAGUGUCUACGAAGAGGAAAAGCAUUCACUGGGACUUAAGAAGUGCUUGUGUACUUCAAUAUGAAUUCCCCACUCACAUUCAUCUUUUAUACUGUGAUACUGGGACUGAUGGGAAUGCCGUUAAGACCCAAAAAGGACUAAUGCUCACCUUUAUGUGCACUGUGUGCGCUCUGAACUGCCUACCCCAUCACAAAAGCCCAAGUCGACAGACCCAGCAGUUGUUUUUGCAGCAAGGUGCAACUAUGGUGCAACUCCUCAGUACGUACCUGAAGGGAUCAGAGUAUGCUGUGAAUUUCUUUUAAGACUCAAAAUGAAGUUGUGCAGAGAAUAUAGCUGAUAUUUGUAUAGCUUUCUUUUGAUAAAACUGUUAAGUGUACAUGUGCUUUUUUCUAAAAUUCCUGUUUCUUUGUACUUUUUUUAACGGUGCAACUUUGUGAAUGUUAAAGACCCUAAAACACCACCCACCCCACUUUUUGUGACUAACAGACAAAACAACAGAUUAAAAUCUUUGAAGAUUAAAACUCAUUUGGUACCAGUAAAGUCAGUCAAAGGGCUUUGGCCCUAGAAAAUCAGACAGUCUAAGUAGAUGUGAGUCUGGACUGAGCCAAAUCAAAAUCCUUCUUUAUCACACCAAAGACCUCAACAUGCUUUACCAACACAAAGGAAAAAGGGAAGCAGGAUUACAACAAGGUACAGAGGGAAGCUAUUGACUGAACCCCACAUGAUUUGGAGCACUUUUUAAAACCCAUUUUAGAGUUUGAUUCACUGUAAAUACACACGGUGCUUAAAAAUGAUCUUAUUUAUUAUUUUUUAUCCCUCAUCUACAACUCUAAUACAGAACACUUCAUGGCCUGGUUGAAAACAAGCAAAGCAACUAGUGGAAAUGUAUUCUGUUUCAUUUGAGUAAAAAUAGCCUAUUCGACGACACACUAUGCACAAUUUCUUCUUGGCAACAAAUACCCCAGUUUUUCUUGCUUGUACCUUGCCAGACUGUAGACAGGCCAGAUGCACAUCUUCAUUUAUAUAUAUAUAUAUAUAUAUAU